UUGACAUGUUUAUUUCAGCUCGAGCGUAGUUUCCCUCUGACGUCUCAUCUGUUGGCAAGUGGUCAGAUAUGUGCUGUAUGUGCUCGUGAAUUUCAGAGCUCAGAUUACGCUGCAGUGGAGGACCAGCAAGCGGACACAAAUAUGAAGGAGAAGAGUGGAGUUUUUCUGGCGUGGAAAGUGUUGCUGGUGGGGAUGUGUGCGCUGCUGCUCCUGAGCUCAGCAGGUUUACUGUUCCUGCUGGUUCGACAGAAAGAGCUGACGGAGCAGCUGGUUAGGUUGGACACCCAGAUGCAGGUGCUGUCCCAGAGCUGCAGGCUGCAGGCAGGAGUCCUGGCUGUGGAGCCUGCAGAGGCUGCAGAGCUGAAGAAGCUCCAACGCAGCAGAAGAAACCAGGAGGGAGAAGCAACACAAAGCCAAGACGAGAAGGAAAUGCUGAUGCUGAUGACGUACUCCAUGGUUCCUGUCAAAGUCUUCAUAGAGCUGUGUAAUAGCUCCAGAGGAGUUUGUUUAACAGGCCCACCUGGACCACCAGGUUUGCCUGGUAGGGCUGGUUCACCAGGACCACAGGGUGUGCCAGGGCUGCAGGGGAGAAAAAGAGGAAGAAGAGGACCCCCUGGUGAAAAGGGAGAACCAGGACCUAAAGGAGACCCUGGGCCUCCCGGACUGAAAGGUCCUCCUGGUCCCAGGGGUCCACCAGGUCCAGCAGGCCCACCUGGUCCAAUCUGUCCUGCUUGUUAUUCUAAUGAAGUGAGAAACAAGACCAUCGGAGAACACAUCCAUCAAACCAACAUGUUGAUGGAUUCAUCUCCUUCCCUGACCAAUGUAGAAAACAGCAGCUCGACAAUCAACAAGACUGAAUCACCAACACCACACCCAGCUGAUGAGGGCAGACAUGUAUUGAAUGUUACUGACUCUGAAAAACCUCGAGACACAAGUACGGACUCUGAGUCAGUAGUUCAUCCAGAGUACAGCUACAGCACCUUAAAUGAUACCAACACAGAGAAUGUCACAGAGGCACCAAUUCGAUUAUUAACAGCCCCACUUUCUACAGACCAAAACAGCUUCAAUGGAAGUGCAGACAUUAAUGAUACAACUGUGAAAAGUGAGUUAGUAUCACCUCGUCCAGACUACACACAUGACACGUGGGUUGAAACCAGCGCAGAGACUGUUACAGCGGCAUCAAUUCACUUAACAGUUUCCACAGUGUUACCAACACCACAUCUAGCUCAUGAAGCCAGAGAUGUUUCUAAUGUUACUCACUCUGAGAAACUUCGAGAUACAGCUAAGGAAUCUGAGUCAGUAUCAUUUGAUCAAGACAACAGCCAUGGCACCUUGAACAAUACCAAAAGAGAAAAUGCUACAGAGGCACCAAUUCAAUUAUUAACAGCUCCACUUUCUGCGGACCAAAACAGUGGAACCAUUAGUGAUACACCCAUGAAAAGUGAAUCACCAACUUCACAGCCAGCUGACAACAACAGAGAUGUGACUGACUCUGAGAAGCUUCUAAACACAAACAUGGAAGCUGAGCCAGUUUCAUUUCACAAAGAUGACAGCCAAGACACCCUGAACAACACAGUGAAUGUUACAGACGGACCAAUUAAAUUAUUCACAGCUCCACUUUCACGUCACUUUUCGGACCAAAACGGUGACACUGUCAAUAACAGUGGAACCGUUGAACCCAUGAAAAGUGAAUCACCAACUUCACAUCCAGCUGACAACAACAGCGAUGUGACUGACUCUGAGAAGCUUCUAAACACAAACAUUGAAGCUGAGUCAUCAUUUCAAGAUGACAGUCACAGCACAUUGAACAAUACCACAAGAGAAAAUGCUACAGAGGCACCAAAUAAGUUAUUAACAACCUCACUUUCUGUAGACCUGGAGAGGAACGCCUUUAACAACAGUGGAAACAUUAUCCAUACACCCAUGAAAAGUGACUCUUCAUACCCACUCCAGACCAACAACCAGAUCAAUGUGACAACCAAUGAGAGAAGAAGAAAAACUGAGUGCAACAUUAGAACUAUUAAAUGUCCGGAGAAAGCCAUCAAAAUGGAAAGCACGUUUGGAGCCUGGAUGUCCGAUGCAUCAAGGCAGGAUGAAGGUCGAUACUGGUUGGCCGAUCAUUUUUCAGGUCGACUUUUGGUAGAGCUCAGGAACAUUUCGGCAUUACAGGAUUCAAGCAACAAAAAUAUAGAUGUCAGGAGGUUCUUCCAGGGCUGUGGUCAUGUUGUCUACAAACAGUCAUUUUACUUUCACAAAGCAGGAACAAACAGACUUAUGAAAUUUGACCUGAACACCAGUGGAACAAACACUCUGAUCAUGGAAAACAGCAGAUAUCACCAACUGACUUAUCUUUUCCCCAACUCAAAGACAUAUUUUAAGUUUGCUGUGGAUGAAAACGGACUGUGGGUCAUUUUUGCAUCAAAUGCAGAUGAUGAUACGAUGGUUGCAAAGAUUAACCCUGACACAUUCAUUGUGGAAUUAAUCAUUAAUACUCACUACCCUACAACUAAAGCAGGAAAUGCUUUCAUUGUAUGUGGGGUGCUAUAUUUUACAGAUGACAAAGACAGAAGAGUUACAUACGCCUUUGAUUUAAAGAAAGAGAGUCCUCUGGAUGCAAGUUUUGAUUUAAGGCCAGCUAACGGCACCUUGGCUAUGCUGUCAUAUUAUCCCAACAAAAAGCUUCUGUAUAUGUGGGAUAGCAGGAGUGUGAAAAUCUGCAAAGUAAAACUCAAAACAACCUAGAAAUAACCACAAACCUUGUAAAAUGAGUAAUAAAGUUAUUCUUUAAAUCUUAGUUGGUUAAUGUGAAUUUCUUGAAACACUGACCUGAUUUUGACACAGGAGGAAGUUGCUGACAGAGGUUUACAGCAGUAGGUCACACUGGAUAUUGUUUACAAUAAAUAUGUUGGUAAAAUUAAAGAUUACCGACAACUGAUGUACAUCAUGUACAUGACCACAAUGCUGGAUGUACGCAGCUGCAUGACAUGAUGAAUGGUUGUGGGGAAAUUUGAACAUUUUUAAUUUAGUUUAGAUUCACAGAGCAGCAACAGUUAUGCAUAGUCUAUUCAUAUUAUAGUUGUGACUAAAUGUUUUACCCAAAUGUGUCACAAUAGUCAUUGUUUAGAUGGAUUUUCAUGUUCAUGGUCAAAAUACAUAUACAAAAUAUUUUUUCCCAAAUGUAUUGUGUGAUGCUGAUUACCUGCAUCUUUUCAUUUCUAUUUGCACCAUCUGUUCUAUUUAGCACUACUUAUCAUUAGUUUAUGUUGUUGUUCUUGAUUCGUCUGUACCUUGGCACUGUCAUGAGUUUAUUAUUGAUAAAUUUGUUGUGCUUC